GUUCAUUCGCGCGCAUGAUUGAUUUGCAAAUAAUCACGAAAAAAUUGCGUUUAGUAUUAAUAUACAUAUUUAGUUAUUAUAAUUUAUAAGUCCAAGGAAUUUAUUUGGAACAUUAGGUGGAUAUAAGCCUAAUGCCAUAUGAUGAAUAAGCUAUUGUGUCACAAAACCACCGACAGGGAGGUCCACAAAAGUACGUACUCCCUAGUAUCAUGUGUAGAACUCACCGCUGACACAUUACAGCUAUGGAAUGGGUUACCAGACGAGAUUAAAAAGGACCCAUCGUUUGAGCAGAUACGGCAGAAGUAUGAAGAAUUGGGUGAUUCAGGUGAUGUCAAUAAUGCUCAGAACGGAGACAAAAGAGCUAAAUUCACCAUUAACAAUGACCCCAUACUGGUCCCCAACAAUGAACAUGAAGGAUUUCUUAUUCAGGAUCACGAAAAUACUGAAUUGCAUAUUUCACCACAGAACAGAAAAAAACACGAGCAGGCAAAAAGAACCCGCUACUAUAUAAAAAUGUCACUCCUUCUUGGCUGUUGGGUAUUUUUUACUGGUGUAUUCUUAACGCAUAAUGAAAAGGAAGAAAUAUUUAAAACCACCGCUGUUCUACCCGGAGAUAUCAAUAAUUAUACACUCGGCACAUUAAAUGCGGAAGCGAUAUCAGUUAAGAUAAAUGGACCAUUUCUAUCGGCUCGCGAUGAACGAAAUCUUAACUCCAGUGAAUAUGAUUCUGCUGAUAAAAUGGUGGUCUGGCUUGAAGGAGAUGAGAUUUCACAGCCCUGGUACAUUACACUCUCAAAUAAUUUAAAUUAUAAUAGAGGAGAAAUGCGAUAUCAUAUAUUCCAGCUUAAUAAAACAAGCUAUAUAUUAAAACUAAGAACAACGGCAUCUAGCGUGACUGCCUUUAAACUGAGUUUUGAUUUGAAUCCACUAGAUGGCAGCACCGGCGUUCUUUACGCUAUUAUUCUACUUUUUGUACUGUAUGUUCUAAUUAUUUUUGAGAUUAUUAACAGAACCAUGGCAGCGUUAUUAGUAUCGACAACAUCACUGGCUGCUUUAGCUCUAGUUGGACAAAGGCCGAGUUUGCCAGAGGUGAUCUCAUGGCUGGACGUGGAAACACUACUUCUGCUCUUCAGCAUGAUGAUAUUAGUGGCUAUCAUGGCGGAGACUGGCAUUUUCGAUUUCUUGGCUGUGUUUACUUUUGAAGUGACGAAAGGAAAACUGUGGCCAUUGAUUUUCCUUCUAUGCAUAAUAACUGCUGUCUUGUCUACUUUUUUGGACAAUGUGACCACGGUGCUACUAAUGUCGCCUGUUACUAUAAGAUUAUGCGAAGUAAUGGACCUGGAUCCAGUACCAAUAUUAAUGUUCAUGGCGAUAUACAGCAAUAUAGGUGGGACUGCCACCCCGGUAGGAGAUCCACCUAAUGUCAUUGUUGCUUCUAAUAAAGCUGUCAUCAAUGCUGGUAUAAACUUCACUAACUUCACAGCACACAUGUCAGUUGGUGUAGUGUUUAUAGUACUUCAGACUACACUUCAGAUAAAAUACAUGUAUAGGGAUGUGAACAAGCUUCGCCUUAGGGUGCCUAGGGAAAUACAAGAAUUACACCAUCAAAUAUCGAUAUGGCGUCGGGCGGCGGAAUCCCUUCCGCAUUUGAGUAAUGGCGUCGCCGUGGUUAGAGAGGGAUUAGAGAGAAAGAUAGACAAACUAAACAAACAGUUGAAGAACAUGGUUAAAGAGAGGAAUAAACGAGCCUGCCCCAAAGAUACCUUUAAAAGCACUUUGGUCGAGUUAAAAGAAAAGUACAAAAUCCGCGACAAAGGUCUUCUAAUAAAAUCAUCAGUGGCUAUAAUUUUUGUGGUGACAGUAUUCUUUUUACACUCAAUACCAGAGCUAAAUAGGGUAUCACUCGCAAUGACAGCUCUUCUGGGCGCCAUUUUGCUCUUAUUAUUAGCUGAUCGGAUGGAUAUUGAACCCAUAUUACACCGAGUUGAAUGGUCUACUCUACUUUUCUUUGCUGCUCUAUUCGUGCUUAUGGAGGCGUUAUCAAAACUUGGCUUAAUCCUAUAUAUCGGAGGUCUAAUGGAACAAGUUAUAUUAAAAGUGGACGAAUCUUCAAGAUUGGCCGUCGCUCUCAUAUUGAUUAUAUGGGUAUCCGGCACUAUAUCGGCCUUCGUUGACAAUAUACCACUUACAACAAUGAUGGUGCGAGUUGUGGUAUCAAUUGGUACCAAUCCCAAGUUGAACCUGCCGAUGGCACCACUCAUUUGGGCUUUGUUGUAUGGCGCAUGUUUGGGAGGCAACGGUACACUAAUCGGCGCAAGCGCAAACGUGGUGUGCGCAGGAGUAGCAGAACAGCACGGAUAUAAAUUUACAUUCACGAAGUUCUUCAAAGUAGGUUUUCCCAUUAUGAUCGGCCAUCUUGUUGUUUGCUCCGUGUACCUUUUGAUUUGUCAUUGUGUCUUUGAAUGGCAUUAGGACGUAUUUGACGUAUAUACUCAAUGUUGAAGAAAGAAAGUAAGAAGAGUCUGGAAGAAUGACCAGCGCUGUGGAACACGUCUGCUCCACAGCAUAAUGCUAAGCCAGGGCCAGUUACAACCACAACACACACAUUACACACUCAAAAUGUACCUUAUUUAGUGUGUUUCUGUGUGUGUUUCGUUAGUAAUGAAUGUUAUGUCUAUGUCUUAUGUAUAAUACUAGCCUAUACCAACGAAUUCAGACGUAGGAUAUAAGCAAAGUUCUUCUUGGCGCUCUGAAGACAAACUUUCUGCAACCCAAAUUGCCGCUUGGCGGCGUGGCGCUGCACUGCGGCAGCUGUCUCUCUCUUACGCAUUGCAAUACGAAGAAGAGAGAGGAAGAGAGACGGAGAAUGACGCCAGCGCCGCCAACUACGAUCUAAAAUGGGGACAGGUCCACUUGGAAUCGGCACACGAUAUCCUUAUGUUCUGCGAUUCUAUUCUACGUCUGAAUUCGUUGACUAUACCAAAAACAAUAUUAAAAAGUGAUUACCGUUUACUAUUAAUGAACGACUCUGAGUACCUUUCGUAAAUCUUUUUGCUUUAAUUAUAAUUGUUAAUUGUAGAUAUUUGGAAUUUGAAAAAUAGCUAGUAUAAUGUGUAUUUAUAAUAAUUUUAUAAGUACAAAAUAAUUUAAUGAGUUGAACUUAAGAUUGUCAUUUGAUACAUAUAUUGUGAAGAGCUAAGAUAGAUAGAGAUAGAUAAGCUCAAAAAUAUUUAUUUAUAUAUUUCGAUGAAAAAUAUUGGUGACUUGAAAAUGUAAUACAUAUUUAAUUUACACAAAAUACAAAGUUUUAGUCGCCUAUUCAUUAUAUUCAUUGCGUCGACAGUGAGGGUAGACGUUUCGCCCUACCCUCACUUAGGCUUAAUGCGUAACUUUGAACCCCUCUCGUAUUAGUGUUAUUUUUAAGGACAAUAAAACACAAUAUACAUAAACAAAUUCUCCAUUUUAUUUUUACCGAUAAAAAAUAAACUAAAAACUACUAAUAUUUAGUAAAAAAAACUAUAUAAUCGGAUCUCUCGUACACGAAACAAAAGUCGUUAAAAAAAUAACAAACAAGCCAAAAUAACUUAUAACAAUUGGCAAUUAACGCCGCGUUCCUACAUUUAAAUUACGGACAACCAUUCGUUUUUUUUAAGGUUUUUGCUGUGUAUGUUAUCCGUAAUUUAAAUUUAGAAUUUUUCCCAUUUCCUAUUACAGCGAAUUCCGUUUAGUGAGUCCAACAAAAUCGUAAUUUCAAAACGUGUAUCGAGAUAUAAUAUGCUGCAUCAUACCAUAUACAUUUUACUAUAUCUAAACCUAGAAACAAAGUCACAUUAGUCGAAACAAAUAUAUUAAUGUGAUUUUGAGAUGGACUGACUUUUCCUACACGUUACAAUAACAUAAGGUAUGACGCCGACUAUAAAACUGUUUUUACUCUAAUUAAAUUCUAAUGCAUUCGGAGUUAAAUGGAUAUAUUAGUAUAUAACAAUGUAUGUAACAACUACCCGA